ACAUAUCUAUAUAUAUAGGUACAUUGUUUUAAAUUAGAAAAGGUUUCGUAAAAUAAAAUAAAGUUUGACCAUAUUAUUACAAGAUAAUUUUGUAAAUCGUUGCCCUAAAAUUAUCGAUUCGAUAAAUAUGACUAAGUGCGUUUGUCUAAUAACGAUGAAAAACAAUAAUUAUUUAUUUCAAAUGUAGAACUAAUUUCGAUUAUGAUACUUCAUGGGCGCACAAACGUCAAAACGGCUUCAUAGCUUCCCACUAUAAUAAAAAAAACAUAAGAUGGGAUGAUUUUUGGUGUUUUUUAAAAAGGACAGGGUUUCUUUAUAAAGUUAGAAGAAGAUUAUAUUUUUAAGAAAUGAAAGAAAUUAGGGUUCCUUGUUAGAGUUGCGUGUGUGUUAGAAAAUAAAUAACGUCAUCUUGCUAGUAUAUAAAGCACAGCAACAAGUUGCAUAAAUUACAGUUUCAUUAUAAAAAAAUUGGCUUGCAUUACGUUUUAGCACAGAGUAAUUUUACACAAGUCCCUACCGAGUUGUUAGUGAAACGGUAAUGAUUUUAUUUAUAAAAGCUAAAAACAGCGCCAUCUAUCCGACGACUAUCUGACUAGAAGCAUAGGUGAUAGCAUGCUUGAUAAGCUCGAGACUUGAGACGCAAUGAAAGUUAACCUUUCUAAUUUAUGGGUUAAAAUAAAUAUUUCAUUACCUUAUCUUGAUAUGUAUGUUUUAAAGUAAUGGUGUAAAUACUACUGUAUUGUGUAUACAUGAAUAAUAAUUACUGUCAAUAGUUAGGUACAAUAAAUAAAAUGGAUUGAUGAUAGAGCGCCGCUAAUGCCUGAUAGGAGACGAAUGUUGUUAGCAAAAGCUUUAACGUUGUCUAGACUAGUUCUACUCCAGACACGCCCAAUCACAGUUGUGUUAUUACUUAUUCUAUUACUUCAUGAACAUGGAUAUUCUUGUGGAAUUAUCUAUUGAUAAGUGGCCCGAAUUGCAGAAAAGAGUUAAAGAAAAAUGGCCACUUAACGUAGCCGGGUUUUACACUUUGGAUUUAAACAUGAACUAUCCCAAUGUAAGGGACGCUUUCAAUUAUAAAGUGUAUUGCCCUUACGGAGAUAUCGACAAAGGAUUUAUAGCUAUAAGCGAUAAGGACGCUAAUGUAGACUUCGUUCUAUUCGCUACAACCGAAGAUACUAUUGGCUUGGAGGAUGCGCUAGUAAACACAAAACUAAUCAACUGGAACGAUAAAAUAUGCGUAGAUCUUGUGACAUCCAGUCUGGAGGCGAUCAGAAAGAAAUUUUUUGCUGCAUACAACUCGCUCAACCGAUUACGUAACUUUUUACCGACCACCACCAAAAUCACUCUGGCGCAGACUCUUUUACUGACCAUCAUUGACUACGCUGAUGCCUGUUAUACAGAUCUCACUGAAGAACUUUUAAAUAAGCUAGAGCGUCUGCAGAACUUAUGCAUCCGAUUCAUUUUCAACCUUCGUAAAUAUAACCACAUCUCAUACUUCCGUUCUAAACUUAACUGGCUCCCUAUUCGCCGGCGCAGGGACUUACACACUCUUACGCUUCUUUACUCCGUACUUUUCUUACCCACUUCUCCUCAUUACCUAAAAGAACGCUUCUCGUUUCUGUCUUCUACAUCACAGCGCACUUUGCGAUCUUCUUCUAACCUAUCCCUUGAAAUUCGAAGUCAUUCUACUGAUUUCUUUUCCUAUCCAUUCUUUGUGCAUUCUGUACGUCUAUGGAACUCUUUGCCAGAAACUAUUCGUAGGGCUCGCACUCUGAACUCGUUCAGGGAUCAAGUUCGGAGUUAUUUCUUAUCCCAACAAUUUCCAUCUAACGUCUACGCGGCGCCGGUAAUAAGCAAUCGUGUUCAGAUUCAAAGGAUUGACUCCACAUGGCCAUACAAACAUUCUGCCAGCGAUCUUUACUUCACAACUUUAGCUCUUAGCGACUUAGGUUACGGUCUUUAUUUGCAUGGCACGGAGAACUUAAUAGCGUGGGUUUUUAUAAACGAGCACAGUUUUUUAUGUCACUUGUAUUGUGAAGAAGAAUAUAGGGGGCGGGGCUAUGCUGAAUGGUUGAUGAAGUACGUUAUAAAUGAUCAACUUGGGAAAGGUAAAGACCUAUACACGUACGUUGAAAAUUAUAAUGCGAAAUCUUCGAGGCUUUUCGAUAAAUUAGGGUUUGACAAUAUAGACCAAGGAGCUUAUAUGUUGUUACAGAAAUAAUGAACUUUGUAAUUCGGUUUCAUUUAUGUCUGACUAAGCUUUAAGAUUGUAAUUGUAACUUAAGUGUCAAAUUAAUUUGUUUUACAUAAGGUAUUAAGUAUAAAUAAGCAUUAAAUCAUUAUAAAACAAUGUGAAAUCUUUAAAUAUUUUUUUUGAUUUCAUUAAUCCAAAGCACAAUAGCCUAUUAUAAUCGGUGUGAUUAUAUUCAAAGGAAUCGUGCGAAUAUAACGUAGAAACCUUCGUGGUAACAAAAACUGCCAGGACACAUUGUGAAAUCACAGACAGACAUGAACAUAAACGUGUGUGCGAAUGUUAAAUUAAUGAAUGGUCCCCUCGUAGCCGCGUACAAACUGGAAGAUUUUCUAAUUCAGCUGUACAUAAACCAACCGCCUCCCUACACACGAACUCGCUUAAUUAAUGAAGAGAGUAUUUUCAAAAACAUUAUAGCAUAAGCUAAAGAAACGAUACAAUUUCCGGUUUCGUUUAAUCAUGAACCGCUAGAAUAUUUUUGGAUUCUCGUAAUGAUAAUUAAAUAAAUAAGCACUUUAAUGCUAGUCAACAACAGUGGAAUUUAGUAAUAAGCAGAAUAUACUCACAAAUAAAUAAUAUUAAUACUCCGAUUUCAUAGAUUGUGAUGGGAGUUUGACAGGGGUCAGUCUUUGGUCCUUUCUUAUUUUUAAUUUUAGUCAAUGAUUAAUAAAAGCAAGGGGUAACCACAAGAUUAUUGUGAUUGAUAGAUGUUAAAAAUUUAAUUUAAAAUUAAGCGAAAUUAACUAAUUUAUCAAUGCCGUGAUAAACCUCUAAUGCUUGUUUAUCUCUAGAGCACUGGUCUAAUGUGUAUUGAAUGAAUGUCGUAUGCUUAGAAGAAGAUGGAGGAAUAAACGCUAUAUUUUAUAAAUUUAUAAAUUUAAACUGAUUUCCUUAAAAACAGUAAAGUUGCAGCUCUGCUCUUUGGUAUUUUUGUGUUCUCUUUUACAAGAUUAUUGCCAAGCAAACCUCUUAAAAAGCAUGGGUAUAAUAUGACAAAGAGGAAUUUAACACACAUGCUGAGUUUAAACUGUUGCAAUAAUUUCUCUAUGUUAAAUAAAGUGUUACUAUUUGUGAAUUAUAUUAAUGUAAUAAUAAACAAUUAUUAUAAUUCUAUAAUAGUAGUAUUAAAAUAUUUUCAUAAUGUUAUGGAGACUCCAUCCCGUUACUGGUUCAUGAACAAAAUAUUCUGAAUGUUUAUUUGAAUAAAAAUGUUUUGACUUUGAAUAUCAUUAAUGUAUUAUUGUCUCUGUUAAGGUAUAAUAAUAAGUAAGUAUAGGUACCGUGAUUUAUCUUACAAUUACGGUAUUUAUAUUUUUUGACUGUUUUGAUGUAAGUCUUAGUUAAUUGGCUCUGUAAUUGUAUUCGAACAUAGUAAGUUAUAUUAAGAAAUAAACUUAGAAUUGAAUAACACUCAUUGUGUAAUUGAAAAGCUAACAUGAUAUGUGUAUAUGUCUAAUGCUAUUAAUCUUAACGAGCUAUAGGUAAAUGUGAUGUGAAUUCAUUGUAUAUAUGGCAUGAAUUCAGU